GGACAGUUGGUCAUGGGUAGUCAAUCCCCCUCUGAGAAGCCCCUUCUGGGGGGUACACACCUGUAAUUCACUUGUUUUGGCUGUAUCAUUGGUCUUCUCUGAGCCUGAUAGUGUGAAUAUGUCUCUGUCAGCUCCGGUGUUACGGUAUUAUGAGCUACCCUGUAAACUGGAGACCUUCAGCUUUACAUGGAGUUUACAACAGAUGAAACAUGGAAGGAGCCCUCGGUUGAAAACAUGGUGGAGUACCCGAAUACAGUGACUCCAGACUAUGAAUACAGUACAGAUGAUUACCCCGACGGUCUCUGCAACAUGGACCAAAACCUGGUGGACGUCAACACUCAAACCUACAUCCACUCCAUCAUCUGUGCCUUCGGCCUUAUUGGAAACGCUCUGGUCAUCAUCACCUACACCUUCUACAAGAGAACAAAGACCAUGACGGACGUGUAUCUCUUCAACGUGGCUGUGACCGACCUGAUCUUUGUGGUGGCUCUCCCGUUUAUCAUUUACAACGAGCAGCAAAGUUGGUUAAUGGGAUCUGUGGCGUGUAAGAUACUGAGGUCAGCCUACAGUAUUAACCUGUACAGCGGCAUGCUGUUGCUGGCCUGCAUCAGUGGAGAUCGUUACAUCGCCAUAGUUCAGGCUAGAAGAUCGUUUGGCGCUCGCUCACACGCUCUGACCUACAGCCGACUCAUCUGCUCGGCUGUUUGGAUGUUUGCUCUGGCUUUGACUCUGCCCACACUCAUGUACACGGAGCGCUUUGAAGAACGAAACCCGGGGGUUGCCAACGCCACUGUGAUGUGCGAGCUGUCGUUCAGCAAUGCAGAAACAGCAAAGCUCAUGAAGGUGCUGGUUCCCAGUCUCCAAAUGGCUGUCGGCUUCCUGGUCCCUCUGCUGGUGAUGGUGUUUUGUUACUCCAGCAUUGUUUGCACUCUGCUGCGGGCACAGAGCAGCCAGAGACACAAGGCGGUGCGGGUGGUGUUCGCAGUCGUUGUGAUUUUCAUCAUGUGCCACCUUCCCUACAACGUGGCCCUGCUGACCCACACCGUGUCUCUGUUCCAGUUGAGGGGCUGUGAGGCGGAGGAGAUCAAACUCAAAGUUCUGGCAGUUUCCAGGAGUGUGGCGUACCUGCACUGCUGCCUCAACCCCAUCCUGUACGCCUUCAUCGGGGUGAGGUUCAGGAGCCACUUCAAGCAGAUCGUGACGGACCUGUGGUGCUUCAGCAAGAAGUACAUCUACUCUGCUCGCUCGUCACGGGGGACGUCUGAUAUUUGCAUCUCCGGCCGCGUGUCGUCAGAAGGCUUCAACAACAUGUCGUCAUUCAGUGCAUAAACAUGCUUUGCAAUGCAAGUGAGCAUCUGCUUUGGAGUAGUUGUGCAAAUCAUGCUAACAUUGUCAUUUCUCUUCAGUGUAAGGUGUUAUAGGUUUUAUGUUUCUUAGACAGCUCAUCACUUUCUGGCUGAUUGUAAAAACCUUUCGUGUUGCAGCUCCUCAGAGAAGAGAAGAGUGACAAACAGUAAAUAAAAAAUCAUGUCAAACCUAGACCACAUUGGUUUGCCACCUCUAAAUUUAACCCCGUCUGAAGACAAAGACUCUUUCCGCGACACUGGGACUUCCAACCAGCUGCUGGUACCCUUUCCGGUCCUCUUUGAAGAACGGUCUCUGUUUGCAGUUUAUAAAAGCACCUAAAACACAUCAGCUGUGGUGCACUAUGGUGAUGAUCGAGCCUUGUGACGCCUCCUCAUCUGUUUUCACCAGAGAGUCAAAUUAAAGCGGACUUGCAAGUCUCUAUGGUGUUUAAUGAGAAAGAAUAUGAUUAGCUAGGAGCAUGGCGAUGCAGAGAUGCAGAGGUUCUUUGUAUGUCUGUUAGAUUUAUAAAAACUGUGGUGCAUUUAGUGAUUAUAUUCUUGCACUCACUCACAUUUUGCUUUGUUGUAUUCUGCUCAUUAGUUGUUCAGUUGCUUUUUAAAAAAAAACAUGUAUCUUAAAGCUCCUGUGAGGAACUUACACCUUAUUUUGUUCUGUAUUAAACCUUUUUCUAUGCUAUAAAUCUGAUUGUACAUUUCUGAAUAAACACACUUGUAAAAUACUUGGAA